GACGCCGUCGUCGAGAGCUGCCACCUGCCCGGCCGCUCUGGGAAGAUCUUUCGCCUCACUGCGACGCUGCCGGGCUGCACGCCCAAGCGCGUGUGGGAGACGUUGCGUGGGGACUGCACAAAAGCUAGCUGGCUGCUUGCAGAUACCACCUCACUGCAGUCGCUGGACGAGGGCCGCGCGGGGGCGUCGGACGUGCAGCUGCAGGUGUCGGCGCCGCGCCUGGGCGGACUGGUGGCGAAGCGUGAGUUUCUGCUGGUGCGCCGCUGGUGCACGCUGCCCGGCGGCGCCUUCGCCCUCGUCACGGCCUCCACGGAGCACAAGGCGGCCCCGGCGGCCUCGUGGCACUCGCCA